AUGAUGCGCCGUGCUUCUUACUGCGCGGGCCAUGCCUUCACUUCGCUCACCGUCGUUGGGUCCCGUCGAUUCUUUCAGGGUGAAAGAUGUGAAGCGGAAAUUGUAAAACUGACAAAGGAGCGCGGCAUCUUCAGUGAUGCCUCAGUCGAAGCUUCUGUGCACCAGUUGAUGUCUCGACUCUCCGACAGCCCAUAUGUUCGUCAUUACACGGAUGCAGAAGUAUCGGCGCAUGCUCACGGGUUUCUUUGUGCAAAGGCAAGGAGUGCACUGGGUGAGCCGUUUGAGCAUUUUCACGAAAGUGACGAUUCGGCCUUCUACAUUUGCCGAAAGGACCAGGCAAGUCAGCUGCGAGCCGUGCGGCAGUUGACCAAGUUUGUCAGCCGCGAAAGGGAAACCAAACAAUCUGUCUCUGUGCGUUGUUACACUGCCGGUGACAGUGACAUUGCCGUCUUCACCGCCAAAAUACGUCCUUUUGUGAACCCCAAUCCGGAAAAGGGUGAAACGGACAUCGGACAACUUGCGAGUUCCGCUUUUUUGGAGGAGCGUUCACCAGAGAUGCAGGAGCGAUAUCAGGACCUCAUCAACCGCUUCCACGAAUCAGUUGUUCCAGUUCACACUGUGCGCGAAGUGGAUGGUGAAGUUUGUUUUUCCAUGAUCAUGGCCGCAGACCGCUCCUACUACAUCGCGACGUUGCAGACAGUCAUACAGGAGAUCCCCGGCGCUGUCGUCACACGCUGUUUCUCGGAGACUUUUUCCAAUGACACUCAUGUUUACACGUAUUUUGUUCGAGGUGCUACAAGUCAGCAGCUUAGCGAUCGCGCCUCUCUAGUGCCCUUCCUUCCCACCCGCCCCCGCAGUUUGAUUACGCGCCUUCACGAGGAUAUGGUGUUCAACACGGAACAAACAGUGUACACGGAUGCUGCAGUCAUUUUCGCCUUCUACUUUACCCCACAGCCGACAUCCGAAGAUUAUCGUCAUCUACGCAGUUUGGUGUCGAAGGAACCCAACGGAUUGAGUCGUCUCAACAAUCUUCGCACAACACUCAGUCUCGAGAUGAUGUCGGAGCGGUAUAUCCUCACACUCAUCUCCACUUACCCCGAGUUCAUGAAGGAGAUAUAUGAGGAUUUCCAAGUUGGCACCACACACGAGCGACGCUGUGCAAUCCGGGAAAAAAUCACCACCCGCUUCAGGGAGGAUCAGCGCUCCGAGCACGACUUGGGCAUCUUCAAUGCAUUUCUGCAGUUCAACGAGGUGGUUUUAAAGCACAAUUUCUUUAAACAGCAUAAGGUGGCGCUCUGUUUCCGCCUCGACCCUUCUUUUCUUCGUUCAUUGGGGUACCCACGAGUACCACAUGGUGUUUUUCUUCUCGCUGGCGCGCAGUGGCGUGGAUUCCAUGUGCGCUUUACCGACAUCGCCCGCGGCGGUGUGCGCAUGAUUAUUUCGAAGGACACCAUGUACCGCCGAAACAAGCGCUCUGUUUUCCAGGAAAACUACAACCUUGCCCUCACCCAGUUGCUGAAGAAUAAGGACAUACCGGAGGGUGGCAGCAAGGGAACCAUUCUUGUCUCAUCUCGCUACCUGAAUACAUUCAACCAGCCUCUUUGUGAGAGGAUUUUCUUGCAGUAUGCUGAUGCACUAUUGGAUGUUGUCAUUCCAGGAGAGGAAGGUAUCGUCGAUCGACUGAAGACACCAGAGAUCAUUUUCCUUGGGCCUGAUGAACACACGGCAGGCACUUUCCCGUCCGUUGGCUCUCUGUUCAGCAAGAAGCGCGGGUACAGUGCGUGGAAAUCCUUUACAACUGGUAAGGAUGCUUCACUGGGAGGUAUUCCUCACGAUACUUAUGCCAUGACAACUCGUUCAGUCCGUACGAUGGUUCGUGGGGUGUAUGAGAAACUUGGACUCGAUGAAGCAAGUCAGACAAAGUUUCAGACAGGUGGCCCGGACGGUGAUCUUGGCUCCAAUGAGAUUCUGCUGAGCAAGGAAAAGACACUGGCGGUAUUGGAUAUUUCAGCCUCACUUUUUGAUCCCGAGGGACUCAACAAGGAGGAGCUGAAGCGCCUCGCAACUGCGCGAAAACAACUGCGGGACUUUGAUAAGUCCAAAUUGUCAUCGAAAGGUUUCCUUGUACUGACAGGGGAUAAGAACGUGACGCUCCCAGAUGGUACACACGUCAGCGAUGGCGUCUCAUUCCGUGAUGAGUUCCAUCUUACGAAGUACAGUGCCGCCGAUGUGUUUGUGCCAUGCGGUGGGCGUCCCCGCAGCGUUACGCUUGCAAAUGUUGGUCGAUUCCUCAACUUAAGCGCCGCUGACAACGACUCUCUACUUGCUGGGGGCAGCAUUCAGCUAAAAACCCCGAAAUACAAGAUAAUUGUGGAGGGUGCCAACCUUUUUAUAUCGCAGGAUGCGCGUCUUGCUAUCGAGCGCUGCGGUAUUGUUUUGAUUAAGGAUGCAUCUGCAAAUAAGGGUGGUGUCACUUCCUCAUCACUUGAGGUGUAUGCGGGGCUGGCGCUUUCCGACGAGGAGCACGCGCAGCACAUGUGCGUCAAGGAUCCUAACAAUGUGCCGGAGUUCUACAAGAAGUAUGUGCUAGACAUUAUUGAGCGCAUUGAAAGUAACGCCCGCCGUGAGUUUGAGGCCAUCUGGCGUGAACAACAGGUACAAGAAGGGAUGCCCAAGACUCUCAUUGCCGACUCACUAAGCGAGAAAAAUGUAAGAGUGCGUGCCAGUAUUCUUUCGAGUGACAUGUGUGAGAACAAAGAACUCGUUCGCUACGUUCUCAGCAAGUACACCCCCAAAACUCUACUUGAAGUGGUCCCACUCGAAACACUAAUGGAGCGCGUGCCCCUCGAGUACCAAAAGGCCAUUUGUGCAAUGUGGCUUGCAUCGGAGUAUGUGUAUACCACCGGCAUCAGCGGUAAUGAAUUUGACUUCUUUACUUUCAUGACAAAACACAUGGAGCAGGCCAAGCACAUCUCUUAA